UGAGUAUCCAACGAGUGGAUAAUAUUGUUCAGGUGGUGGGGUGGAAUGGCAGAGCUUGGGUUCCAGGACUCAUUUCCUUGCCGUGUUUAAUUUAAAGUCCUUUUCUAAAGACAGCUUUUGUUGUAUUUGUGAACUGGAAGGGAAGAGAAUGAGAAGAUCUGUGCUAUUUGUACAACGGAAAUUAAGUGAAAAGGUGCCUGGACGCUGCUGUUAAUGAACUGAUGUGACUGUUUGACAGAGAUGCUGUCUGCAUGUUUCCAUGAUGUGGCUUGGAGAGGAGCAGCUUGAGGUAUCCAGGACACCUGCAAUUAGCAGAGUGAAAAUCCAAUGUUUUGACAGACAAAGACUUUUGUUUCUCGGAAGAAUGUCUUCCAAGCAAGCCACCUCUCCAUUUGCCUGUACAACUGAUGGAGAGGAAACAAUGACCCAGGAUUUGACCUCAAGGGAAAAGGAAGAGGGCAGUGACCAACAUGCGGCCUCCCAUCUGCCUCUGCACCCCAUAAUGCACAACAAACCUCACUCUGAGGAGCUACCGACGCUUGUCAGUACCAUUCAACAAGAUGCUGACUGGGACAGCGUUCUGUCAUCUCAGCAAAGAAUGGAGUCAGAGAAUAAUAAGUUAUGUUCCCUAUAUUCCUUCCGAAAUACGUCUACCUCACCACAUAAGCCUGAUGAAGGGAGUCGGGAGCGCGAGAUAAUGAGCAGUGUUACUUUUGGAACCCCGGAACGCCGCAAAGGGAGCCUUGCCGACGUGGUGGAUACGCUGAAGCAGAAGAAGCUGGAGGAGAUGACUCGGUCGGAACAAGAGGAUUCCUCCUGCAUGGAAAAACUACUUUCAAAAGAUUGGAAGGAAAAAAUGGAAAGACUAAAUACGAGUGACCUUCUUGGAGAAAUCAAAGGUACUCCUGAGAGCCUAGCAGAGAAGGAACGCCAGCUCUCCACCAUGAUCACCCAGCUCAUCAGCUUGCGGGAGCAGCUCCUGGCAGCGCACGAUGAACAGAAAAAGCUGGCAGCCUCACAGAUCGAGAAACAGCGGCAGCAAAUGGACCUUGCUCGCCAACAACAAGAACAGAUCGCAAGACAACAGCAGCAACUUCUCCAGCAGCAGCACAAGAUUAAUCUCCUGCAGCAACAGAUCCAGCAGGUUCAGGGGCACAUGCCUCCGCUCAUGAUCCCAAUUUUUCCACAUGACCAGCGGACCCUGGCAGCAGCUGCUGCCGCCCAACAGGGAUUCCUCUUCCCCCCUGGAAUAACAUACAAGCCAGGUGAUAACUACCCCGUACAGUUCAUUCCGUCAACAAUGGCAGCUGCUGCUGCUUCUGGACUCAGCCCUUUACAGCUCCAGAAGGGUCAUGUCUCCCACCCACAAACUAACCCAAGGCUAAAGGGCAUAAGUGACCGUUUUGGCAGGAAUUUGGACACCUUUGAACAUGGUGGUGGCCACUCUUACAACCACAAACAGAUUGAGCAGCUCUAUGCCGCUCAGCUGGCCAGCAUGCAGGUGUCACCUGGAGCAAAGAUGCCAUCAACUCCACAGCCACCAAACACAGCAGGGGCGGUCUCACCUACUGGGAUGAAAAAUGAAAAGAGAGGGACCAGCCCUGUAACUCAAGUUAAGGAUGAAACAGCAGCCCAGCCGCUGAAUCUCUCAUCACGGCCUAAAACAGCAGAGCCUGUGAAGUCCCCAACAUCUCCCACCCAGAGCCUCUUCCCAGCCAGCAAAACCAGCCCUGUCAACCUUCCGAACAAGAGCAGCAUCCCCAGCCCCAUUGGAGGGAGCCUGGGGAGAGGAUCCUCUCUAGAUAUCCUGUCCAGUCUCAACUCUCCUGCCCUGUUUGGGGACCAGGACACAGUGAUGAAAGCCAUUCAGGAGGCUCGGAAGAUGCGAGAGCAGAUCCAGCGGGAGCAGCAACAGCAGCCACACGGGGUCGAUGGGAAACUGUCUUCCAUGAACAACAUGGGUCUGAGCAACUGCAGGAAUGAGAAGGAAAGAACACGCUUUGAGAACUUGGGGCCCCAGUUAACAGGGAAGUCAGGUGAAGAUGGGAAGCUGGGCCCAGGAGUCAUCGAUCUCACUCGGCCAGAAGACGCAGAGGGAAGCAAAGCAAUGAAUGGCUCUGCAGCUAAACUACAGCAGUAUUAUUGUUGGCCAACAGGAGGCGCCACUGUGGCUGAAGCACGCGUCUACAGGGAUGCCCGCGGCCGUGCCAGCAGCGAGCCUCACAUCAAGCGACCAAUGAAUGCGUUCAUGGUUUGGGCGAAGGACGAAAGGAGGAAAAUUCUUCAGGCUUUCCCUGACAUGCAUAACUCCAACAUUAGCAAAAUCUUAGGAUCUCGCUGGAAAUCCAUGUCCAACCAGGAGAAGCAACCUUACUAUGAAGAACAGGCCCGGCUAAGCAAGAUCCACCUAGAGAAGUACCCAAAUUACAAGUACAAACCCCGGCCGAAACGCACGUGCAUCGUGGAUGGCAAGAAGCUCCGGAUUGGAGAGUACAAGCAACUGAUGCGCUCCCGGAGGCAGGAGAUGAGACAGUUCUUCACUGUUGGGCAACAGCCUCAGAUUCCCAUCACCACAGGAACAGGUGUUGUGUAUCCUGGUGCUAUUACUAUGGCAACGACCACACCAUCACCUCAGAUGACAUCUGACUGCUCUAGCACCUCUGCCAGCCCAGAGCCCAGCCUCCCUGUCAUCCAGAGCACGUAUGGUAUGAAGAUGGACGGCGCAAGCCUGGCUGGGAACGACAUGAUUAAUGGAGAGGAUGAAAUGGAAGCCUAUGACGACUACGAAGAUGAUCCCAAAUCAGACUAUAGCAGCGAAAACGAGGCCCCGGAGCCUGUCAGUGCCAACUGAGGAGCUUUUGUUUGCUGAAUUAGAACACUCUGACAUUUCACCCCCUUUCCCCAACAACAACAAAGUUCUUAAAGAGCCCGCAUGCAUUUGUGGCUCCACCAUACAUCAGCAGAGUGGUCUUAAUCGCUUCGUAACGUGUGAGACAGAUUAAGUUUUCCUGAUUUUUCAUAAACUUGAGUUUUUGUCGUUACCGUUACUGUUGUUGUUUAUUUAGGUGAAGACGUAUUAAAUAUGAGACACCGGGACUUGGAAACUUAUCUCCGCCCAUCGCCGUCUUUCAAGUCUUACAUUUCUGUCUUACUAUUUUUCUUUGGGAUGUUGACAAAGGGUUUAAGUUACUGUUUUAGAUGGGGUUAAACAUUCUCACUCAGGUAUGCUGUGCCGGCUACAGGUUGUGAAUGUGUUUUUAUUCUGAAUUACUUUAGAGAACAACUGAGGAUUUCGUAUUGUGAAAGCGGACAAGUCCACGGUGUGUGCGGCUGCAUAGAGAACAUGUUCAAAAGGCCUCGGAAUUCCAUUUUUUUUCCAUGUGUAGAAUUCAACUUUGAAUGUGCCAAACUUUUUUCAUAACUUUUGAAUCUUAACUAUUUUGAAAGUCUUACCGGAGACACUGCAAAGUCUUAGACAAUCUUUGGCAUCUUAAAAUAAAAUAGCAAACCACACUUUUUUUUCCCAGAAAAUGGUGAAGUACUCAGGAAUCUGGAGACAAGAUAUUGUAAGGAAUGAGCAAGGCUGCCACAGUGCAUGAACCCAAUUGUGUUUGCCUCUUGACGUGCCAUCAGUGUGUGGCGUGGGACGACACACGCGUCAGAGCGGUCUCCACAGCAGACACGACCCGGUGGUCUCCCUGCCUGAGACCGCUUUCACUACAUCCAUUCUCCCCUGCCUUUCACCCUGACAUUCAAUCUUAACACAUUGUUCUCUUAAAUAAUUUAUUCAUUCCAGAAUGUCAAGGGUCCACUUACUAUUUAUUUUAAAAAUUAUUGGUGGCAUUAAUUUAAUAAUUUUUCUUUUUUGUUUUGCCCUCCUUGCCCUUUCACCUAUUUUUCCUGCUGGAUACAAAAGAUGUACAUAGCAAUCUCAUGUCCCCAGAGCCCCUGGAAACAUUUCUGAAUUGAUGCUAGUAAAUGCAUAUGUUGUUGUUUUUAAAGAUGAGUGUCUAUCUGGGUCAAAGGUGUCUUACAUGUAAACAUGUAUGCCCCUGUGAGUCACUGUGAGCUCAGGUCUUUGCCUGGAGUUCCUCCCUCAUUCAGUUUUCAGUGACCAGUAGAACCUGAGUUCCACUCAGCAGUGAAGGUCAGCAGCGGCCACUGCCAGUCCAGGAGCCUCUCACAGCUGCUCUGAAGCCCAAGGGCCACAGGCCACACGGGGGUUUACAGGGGAGCUGGCCUGCUGUCGCUUUUACUGAGCAAGCUGGUCCUGACUGGCACAUCCAUGGAGAUCUUUGCAAAAUUUCCAGGAUGUUAGAAGCCUCAACAGGAAGACAGGGGCAAAAAGAAACCACGGGGAAGGGCAAGGAUGAUAGCCGGUAGCACAGACGGAUGGCUGCUGGAGUGGUCUACCAGCUCCGCUGGCAGACCACAUGUCUCAGUGGCUAGUAGAUGAGGUAACCUGCUCCAGAGACGUGCUGCUGGGCUGGGAGGCACUGGCUUCUCCCAUCUCCUCACUAUAGGCGGUUCUACUGUGUUGUAACUUUGACCUUUCUGAACCUAGGUCUGCUUGCUUACAGGAGCCUUACCCAGAGCCCUUCCUUGGGAGUGAGUCAAUGAACAGGACAGCCCAGAAUCUGAGUGUCAGGACAAAGAACAGCUCCGUCAGAUUUUUUUGAGCCAUUUUGUCACUUGGAAGAAAGUAGUAAAACUUCAUAUUUAUUUAAAGAGUGCUCCAGGCCAUACCUAAUAGCAAUAAAUAGGUCUAGCCAAGAGAUGACCAGCCCUGUCAUUCGCUGUGAGUGCUCUCCAUAAGCUGUUUAAGGUACUGAUAGGAAUGUUUUGUUCUUAGUAUUGAUUGGGGAAUGGAACUUUGUUAUUGUACAUUGAUUUCAUAUGAGGAGGAGGUCACUUUUCAUAAACAAAAUGAGUAUUUAUUAUGUCUUACUGAUUUCUUGGACUCUCUGUCUCUCCUCAAUUCCUCCUCAUGCUUCUUUUCUCUUUGGCUUCUGCUCUCACUGGUAAGUUUGUUUUGUUUUUUGUUUUUCGUUUUUUUAAAAUUGUGCUGUAUAGGUAGAGUGUUAUACGGCUAGCAUUGUAUUGUAUGUAAUUAAUUUUGCACAAAGGCAAACAUUUAGCAUAGUAGUUAAUUUUGUUUGUUUUUAUGACCAUGCCAAAAUAAUAUUCUGGGCUGGUGGAGAACAAAGGACUGUUCUUUAGGAUUGAAACUUGAUUUGCUUUAAAAAAAAAAAAAGAAAAAACAAACAAACAAAAACCACACACACUCACAGAUGCUGUUUCGUAAGUGUUACAAGCACUGGAUAUAAAUGGUAUUUUUAUCACUGACUAAUGUGAAACUGGUAUGGAAACUACAUGAACAAAAGUCAUCUGUCUCGACUCGUGUGGGCUUGCCUCACAGUUGCCGGAUCUGAGUCAUUUUUAUGUCUUGUUAUUUCAUUUAUUUAUGCAAAAUACAUGUGUGUAGGAACUUCGUGUCAGCUCCAACUCUGCCUCGGCACUGGGUCCAGUAACUUCUAGCCAUAUUCUCAAACACAAAGGUUGUCUGGGAAUGACUGGGUGGGAACGCCUCUCAUUGGCUCAGACAGUGAUGCUGUAUUCUAAUCUAAAUUUUGUGCAUACACAGUUUAUUCUAUUUAUUAGCCACAUUUGGCUCUAAAUAUCCAUGGGAAUGAGAAUGACAAUCACAGAGAUCGCUUACAUCAGUGGGGCUUAAACAGAGUUUUUAUGACUUCACCAUCUCAUUUUUAGAGUUUUCUAAUUGUGUAAAUAUAACAUAGAAAUAGAAUUUAUUUUUGGUUCAUGAGUUCCUAGUGACAUAUAAGUUAUGUAUCUUCUUUCUGUUCUUUAUCCGUAUGUGUUGCUCCACACUAAAAGCUGGCCAGGCAGAUUUAGUGUGAACAGAGAGCUGUCAGCUCCAGUGAGACUGUGUCCAUCCUGGGCCAAGACAGCAGGACCCCUGCCUGGUUCUCAUGCGGUCCGGAGCCCCCUGGUCCCCAACUCAGGCCUCCCCCUCUUUCCUUAUGGGAAGCCGAGGACUUUCUAUAAAAAAAGAAGAUCCUUGCAUACACACUCAGUUUCUAGCAAAGCUAGGAGAAAGUCAGUUUGCUUUUGAAUCCAGAGAGCUCUGUGGCCCUGUAAUGGCAAGAAGCAGGAGUUGCAUUUUAGAGGUAAAGAUCUGCCUGCGGUAUUAGUAUAAACCUCACAGUACCAGUCAAGGGGUUCUGAAGUCACCUUCCUGCAGCGUCCCCUCUUUUAUACUAGCUUUAAAUAAAAACCCAGGUUUGUCUCCAGGGAAGAAUUCCCAGGAUCAGGAUCAGGCUUUUCUUCAUCCCCUGGGAAUAGUGGCAUUGUCAGACAAUCCUCUUUUUCGUGAACGGGCUCUAUGGACUAGAAAGGAAGCGACAGAGAGAGAGAAGGCCCAUCCAUGGACACAAGAAGUCUGGUUGGCAAUUUCUCUUCAUCAUUGGCAAGUUCCAGGCCAUGUUGUUUUUGCAAACACUCUCUCAGCCUUUCGGGUUUGCCUCAUUUGGUAUUUGAUACCUUCUAUCCUGUCCUGGGCCUGAAUCCCUUCGCCAAGAUCUGACACAGACUCCUAGGCCGUUUUCUAAAUUCAGGUAUGGGCUCACAGAGCUCUCUUGUCAAAUGCUGGCGUCCUCUGAACAUCAGCCCCAUGGGAGCCAGCAGUGCUAAAGAAGGGUGUGAUCCCUUUAGAGCUGAGAGCAGGCUCUGGUACAGCCUGCUUUACUGGGGAUGGGCACCUCCCUCAGAAGAAACAGGGCCUGGUCACAUGACCCACCCCGGAAGCUGUCGCUCUAGUCACUCCUUUUCAAUAAGUUGACUUUCCCAGCUCCUUAGGGAAAGGAGCCAAGGAUUCCUUCAUAGUUUUGAGCCAUAGAAGCCCUGUACCAAGUGGAAGACACUGAGAUAAUGGCGGGGUCUUCCUCGUCACCAACACAGUGACAGCACCUCCAGCUGUAGCCUUGCCUGGGGUCCACAGUUCCUCCAAGGACGGGGCUGGCAUGUCAGCUCCUUCUGAACGGAUAAUGACAGUGGUGACCUCACUGUCUCACUUGCACUGCAUUUAUUUAGGUCCUCUACCCCUGACACGGCUUCUUCGGAAGCAGCUAUUUCUCCUGCCAAUCACAUUGUUUCUGACGCCACACACGCUUGCUCAUGGCUCUGCACGUCAAAAAUAGACUGAAAAUCAUGACAUGCAAGCAAGGAUCUUUUUUGUCCCCAUCCCAUCAUUUCCAAGCACUUAUAAGCUGGCACCGGGGAUGCUUGAGGGCAGAGAUGGAGUGACUUGCGGGGGAUGAAAGAGUAAGACUUCCUGCAGAUUCCCUUCUGCCGACAAAGGAGCGGGAGGAAGGCAGUAGGUGAUGUUCCUUCCUUGCUGGUGUCUUACUUCCACAGAGGAGCAGGCAUAGAGCAGGGCUUCAGUGUGGGCACUCUUGGAGUCUGGGGAUGUGCAAACAUUUCUCAUUGCUACAGAUUACAGGUCUGCUCGUGUGCAUCCCCCAUUGUCUGUCUCCGUCAUAUGUGCAUCUGUGCUCUCUCUCUCUCUCUCCCCCCCCUCUCUCUCUCUCUCUCUCUCUCUCUCGUGCAGUCCUCUUGUAUCCUCCUCCAGCCCAUAGCACAUUAGGAUGCUGAGCACUUGUUUUGGCUCGUUUUUGUAUUUGCCGUGUACAAUUUUGAAUUACCCUAUCCAAGCCUCUAAGCUGUUACUACAUAACUUAUCUUUACUGUAACUCUUUUCUUUGCCUACAUUGUAUUUGUUUGUGAUGUAUAUUGUGAGAUUGUAUUCUAUGUUAAUUUAAUCAGCACAACUCACUGACAUGCUGGACUGACAUGCUGGCUGCUGUUUUGAAGUGUAAAGCUUGUGUUGGGCUGUCCGGACAACUACAACUCUGUUGUCAAGGUACUGUGCAUUGGUUCCCAUAGCAACACUGUGGGUGUGGCCCUUUAAACUCCAGGGACAUUCAGCACACCCUCCAGCAAAUUUUAAGUGCAGAUUUUCUUUGUUGAAAUUCUAUGAAUACCACAGGUACCUACUUGGCCCAUGGCUGGUAACUAUUUUGGGCAAUUAGAAAAACAAACAAGCAUUAAAAAAAAAACUAGUGUCUAUUGCUGCUUUGAAUAUGUUUGAAAGUCUGAAAAUGUAAAUAGUUUAUCAAAAAAAAUCUUGUACAGUCCAGUGUAAAGUUUUUAAAUGACCUGAAGGGUUACCAUCACAGCUUUCGCGCGCUCUCCUCUGGAUAGUGGAAAAGAGAAGUUUGCUAAGGACCGAACGGAAUUGGGACUUCGGAUCGGAAGGCAUGGAUCACUGCCCUUAGCUUGUCACAUACACAGACCUCUUGGAUCUUGUCAGACAGUAUUGGCAUGAGACAAACUCAGCAUGGAACACCCUCCAGUGGAACUUCUGCAGGGCUUCUUCCCUGCUCUGCCUCACCAUGAAGGGGAAAGAUGAGAUGGAAAGGCGUGCCAUCUUUGUCUAUCUUGGAAUAUGUUGGCACCUUAGCUACUUUCCCCCUUCUUUGCACAAGGUGCUUUCCUGAUGUGUUAGCCAUGCCAUCCUUGGGUGAUAAUGUAUACGCCAUGAUGGGCCCAGGCCCCCGGGAGAGUCUAUAGGAACUGCCUAUUUAUGCUCAUUUACCUCAAGACUGUCCUUACCCUAAACUAGCUGUCAUCACUCCAUCUUUUGUACUGCUGUUGACACUUACCAAUUAAAGAUAAAUUUUGUUUUAUGA